GGGCCCAUGACGAGCCCAGCCAUCUCCCUCCAACUUGGUUGAGAAGUCAGGCCCACGAGCGGGUUCCGGUUUCUCUCGUCUUCUGCAACCCCACCCAGUCGCCGCCGCCGGCGGCCUGUGCGCCGCGAACCGAGCCGAGGACAACCAUUCCGCCACCACCGGCCUCCGCACGAAUCAACUGAGGAUAACCACGCCGCCUCCGCCGGCUUCCAACCAGCCGGAUCAUCGUUGCUGCCUUCUUACCUGUCAAUAUGCACUCCCUUCGUUCCAAAUUAUAGGUCAUUUCAACUUUCUUGGAGAGUCAAACCAUUUUAUGUGUGACCAAAAUUAUAGAGAGAAUUACAAAGACUUAUGACACCGGAUGGAUAUACUAUGAAAAUAUAUUUAAUGAAGAAUCUAAUGAUAUUUAUUUGGUAUCAUAAAUGUUAGUGUUCCAAGAAAGUUGGGAUGGGAACGGAGGGAGUAGCAUUUUACGGGCAGUGUGAACCAGGAAGCACUCAAAUUUUCUCAUGCACUGCAGCUGUUUAGUGCAUUCCAUAGUUCCUCAAGUUAAAGGGUUUCACACAUAAUGAAAUCAAUCGAAGCUUGAUAUGGCAUUCUGAAUAAGACUUCAGAUUCAGUUUGGCAGUGGGUCAUGCCUUCACUUUCUUUUGUGCCAUACUAUACUACACGGAUACAUCGGCGAGGUGACGUAUCCCAUAUCGGAUACGUAUCCGUAUCGGAUACGUGGUGAAUAUGCAGUAGAUAUGUAUCGAGAAGCAGUAGAUACGUAUCGAGAAGUAUCCGGAAUAAAAAUAAAUACAACAAAUGUAGAUACGUGGGCUGAUACGUAUCAGGCCAACUUUGCGAUACGGCCCAGUCCAACAACACACCUGUCCCCACCCCGUCACCCCUGCUUGCCCUACCGCCCCAUCCCAACCAAACCCCGAUGCCUACACGCAAAGCGCCGCCGCCGCCCGCCGGAGGACGCAUCAGUGCCACUCCCCACCGGGGAAGGACCUCCGCCCGAGGAUCCUCUCCAGCUUCGACGUGCCCACGAAGAAGAUCCGCGACUCUGCUACACUCAAGGUGGAGAAUCAGCAGUUGGCUGGUGACCUACGAUAGGAUUAUGGACGCGAAAGAGAAGCCAGAGACAACCAGCAGCAUGCCGCAGCGGCGGCCGGACUGCAUAAAGUGCUUUGAUGCUCUGUGGUUUUGCUACUCGCCAUUCCACCAGAUGCAGAACUACUACCGGUAUGGGGAGUUUGACAACUGCUUCGGCAAGUGGGGUGACCUUGUGGACUGCCUCGCUCUCAAGACGAAGCGGGCUGCAGAGGCGGAGGAGAUCCUCAUCGCGCGGGAGAAGGCCAAGCCACACAUCUGGACCUUCCGGACAGUCGAUGAAGCGUCAGAGAACUGGUGGAGGAUGUAUAAGCAUCUUGUGUUGAUGUCACCACCACUGCCAGGUGCUGCGCAGCCUCCUCCCAGGUCUGAUAAAUCUUGAGAGUUGAGGUUUCUGCAAGUGUUCUGUUAGUGUUUAUGUUGCAUUUUGAUAUAAGCGGUGAGUUCUGUUGAAAUCUGGUUGUAAGUUACACACCUAUAAAGUGGAAUCAUUGAGUUAGAAAGACAAAACUAUCUGAUGAAUUCUGAAUAACUGGGACUUGGAUUCUUAUUGGAUUCGGAUCAGAACACUAAAGCUGCUUAUGUAGCGGCGUUUCCAUUGUGAAUAUGUAACACAUCUAUACUGUCAUGA